AAACCAGCAGCCUUUGAAACGCUCUUUUCCAAGCCUAAGUUCGUCUAAAAGCGACGCAACAAUUCGAAGCUAUGAAAAGCAACUCAUCCGCGCAAGCUGCUCGCCUCUGGUUUAAUACGGUGAUGCCUUUCGUUGCCUGUAGAGCGUGUUGCUUCAACUGAAAGUGAGCGACUGAGACCCUGACUGCGCAGCCGCGGGGAAUGGGCGGGUUGUUACGGCUAUAAUUCCAUACAAGUUACAUGUUAGAGACUUCAUGUUUGCAACUCAGUCAGGUUCCAAAAGCAAAUCAAAGCUGAUAGUUUUUUUUCCUAGGCUAGGAGGAAGUUUGACAUAUCUGUCUACUCUGAGCACCUGGAAGAUACGGAAUUUAUUUUAGGACCAAGGGUCUACACCUGUAAAACCGAGAGAAUGGUUUCCAAGUAGGAGAGCUGAGCGCUGCAAAACAGUUUUCACGACUGUAAAGACUUAAUACGACUAAUCGUGAGGCAGCUAAAGACAUUGGCCAAGUCUUUUGUAGUCAGGGCACACUGAGGGCGUUGAUUUCUGACUACUACUAUUAAUUCCACUAUUAUCUACUAUUAAUCUUUAAUUGGUCCCUCGUGUCCGUGAUGAACAAGGGCCUGAAAACUUCUGCACAAAACUCUCAAGACUGAAGAACUCUUUCCAGUCAUUCCUUGCUGCUGGUGUGAGAAUCCCUGCAAAUUUCAAAGCCCCUUCCAUACAUGCCAUUGCUUGCUUUCCAAAAUCUGAAAUUCUGCACUUAUUCCCCACAGACCACUUGAAUUGCAUGAUUCAUGUAUGGAAAAAUAACAUUUUCUGAAGAAAGGAUGAACACCAAUCUCUUGGUGACAGUUAAAAGCAAGUCUGGUGAUGUGGUGGGAUAUGCUGGUGAAGGAUGGAGAAUUGCCAAGAAGGAAUUGCUUCAGUCUGUUGGCAACCACUCUGCAAUCAUUAUUUUAGCUAUGUAAAACACUUGAACUUUGAUGGUGAUGCUGUUGCAAUCAAUGGCACAAGGUGAAUAAGCACAAGGAGAACUCAGCAGCUAUCAUGAUCACACAUCCAUCCACUGAUGGUGUCUUUGAAGAGGAAAUCGUCCAGGAAGAGUGGCUGAUAAGAAGUUGAGCAUCAAAACAGAUAUGCACACAGACUCCACUAGUGUGACAUCCGUUUUUGUCCGGACUGACCCUCAAGGAUUUUUCUUGUAUUGGACAGACCAAAAUAAGUUGCAGGAGACAGAGCUGUUAGAUGUCAUCCUUAUCAAAGAUGCUAGAUGUGGGAAACAUGCCAGAGCUCCCAAGGAAGGAUUAGUCAACAACAAAAAAGGACUCAAACAAGAUGUAAAUACCUGUAUUUUUCAUCAGAAUGGUGAUCCAAAGUUACGCGAACAUCUUGAUGGAGGCAACGUAGGAGGAAGACUGGAAAACCGAAUGCUUACAAUUGUGUAUGGCCCUGACCUGGUCAAUAUAUCAUACUUGAACUUAGUAGCAGCUCAGGAAGACAUUGCAAAGGAAUGGUCAGAUGAAAUCUUCAGUCUGGCAACAAACCUGCUGGCACAGAACAUGUCAAGGGAUGCUUUUCUGGAAAAAGCAUACACAAAACUCAAACUGCAAGUCACUACCGAGGGACGUAUACCUUUGAAGAACAUUUAUCGCUUGUUCUCCGCAGACAGAAAACGGGUGGAGACUGCACUGGAAGCAUGUAGUCUGCCAUCUGCCAGGAAUGAUUCAAUUCCUCAAGAGGACUUCACUCCAGAAGUAUAUAGAGAGUUCUUGAGCAACCUGUGCCCUCGUCCUGAAAUUGACCACAUCUUCUUGGAGCUUGGUGCCAAGAGCAGACCAUAUCUUACUGUUGACCAGAUGAUGGAAUUUAUAAACUUGAAGCAACGAGACCCACGGUUAAAUGAAAUUCUUUAUCCACCCUUGAAGCAGGAACAGGUUCAGCAACUGAUUGAGAAGUAUGAACCCAAUAAUGGUCUGGCUAAAAAAGGGCAGAUAUCAGUGGAUGGAUUUAUGCGAUAUUUGAGUGGAGGGGAAAAUGGAGUGGUUCCACCUGAAAAACUGGAUUUGAAUGAAGAUAUGAGCCAGCCUCUGUCACACUAUUUUAUCAAUUCCUCGCACAACACCUACCUCACAGCUGGACAGUUGGCUGGCAACUCUUCCGUGGAGAUGUAUCGCCAAGUGCUCUUGUCUGGCUGCCGCUGUGUUGAGCUGGACUGUUGGAAAGGCCGGACAGCUGAAGAAGAGCCCGUCAUCACUCAUGGAUUUACCAUGACAACGGAAAUCUCCUUUAAGGAAGUAAUAGAAGCUAUUGCUGAAUGUGCAUUUAAGACAUCACCUUUCCCUAUCCUCCUUUCUUUCGAAAAUCAUGUGGAUUCCCCUAAACAGCAGGCAAAAAUGGCAGAAUAUUGCAGAUUAAUAUUUGGUGAUGCUUUGCUGAUGGAGCCGCUGGAAAAAUAUCCGCUUGAGCGUGGCAUUCCCCUUCCAAGCCCAGCAGACCUGAUGUACAAAAUUCUUGUGAAGAAUAAAAAGAAGUCUCAGAAAUCUGCUGAUGGUAGUGCAAAGAAGAAGCUGUCUGAACAAGCGUCAAACACAUGCAGUGAUGCAUCGAGUGGGUUUGAGCCCUCUUCUCCUGGAGCAGGGGAAGCAGAAAUUGAAAGUGAUGACGACGACGACUAUGAUGAUGACUGCAAAAAAUCAUCAAUGGAUGAAGGGACAGCUGGAAGUGAGGCCAUGGCUACUGAGGAAAUGUCAAACUUGGUGAAUUACAUACAGCCUGUGAAAUUUGAGACGUUUGAGAUAUCUCAAAAACGGAACAAGAGUUUUGAAAUGUCUUCCUUUGUGGAAACCAAAGCACUCGAGCAGCUCACAAAAUCUCCUGUUGAGUUUGUGGAGUAUAACAAAAUGCAACUGAGCCGAAUUUAUCCAAAAGGGACACGAGUUGAUUCCUCAAAUUACAUGCCUCAGCUCUUCUGGAAUGCAGGCUGUCAAAUGGUUGCGCUUAACUUCCAAACUGUAGAUUUGUCUAUGCAAAUAAAUAUGGGCAUGUAUGAAUAUAAUGGCAAAAGUGGGUACAGACUAAAGCCAGAGUUCAUGCGAAGACCAGACAAGCAUUUUGAUCCAUUUUCUGAAGGCAUUGUAGAUGGAAUAGUAGCAAACACAUUGUCUGUUAAGGUCAUUUCAGGACAGUUCCUUUCUGAUAAAAAAGUUGGAACUUAUGUAGAAGUGGACAUGUUUGGUCUACCUGUGGACACAAGACGAAAGGCUCUCAAGACCAAGCCAUCUCAAGGCAAUGCUGUGAAUCCUGUAUGGGAAGAAGAUGCCAUAGUAUUCAAGAAGGUGGUUCUGCCUUCUCUGGCCUGCCUGAGGAUAGCUGUCUAUGAAGAAGGAGGAAAAUUCAUUGGCCAUCGAAUAUUGCCGGUAUCAGCAAUUCGACCAGGCUAUCACUACAUCUGCUUGAGGAAUGAGAGGAAUCAGCCCUUGAUGCUACCAGCCAUAUUUGUAUACAUAGAGGUGAAAGACUAUGUGCCUGAUACUUAUGCAGAUGUUAUUGAAGCAUUAUCCAAUCCAAUCAGAUAUGUGAACUUGAUGGAGCAGAGAGCAAAACAGCUGGCAGCACUGACUUUGGAGGAUGAAGAAGAAGUAAAGAAAGAGGCUGAUCAGGGAGAUGUACCUUCAGAAGCUCAUAAUGAACCUAAGCCUGCACCAGCUGAAAAUGGAGUAAACCACACCACUUCUCUCACUCCUAAACCAUCCACUCAGGUUGUUACCAGCCAACCAGCACCAGGUUCUGUAAAAGUGCCUGCAAAAACAGAAGAUCUUAUUCAGAGUGUCCUGACAGAAGUUGAAGCACAAACGAUUGAGGAGCUAAAGCAACAGAAAGGCUUUGUGAAACUUCAGAAGAAACACUACAAAGAAAUGAAGGAUCUUGUGAAGAAACACCACAAAAAAACCACAGAUCUUAUAAAAGAGCAUACUACCAAGUAUAACGAGAUCCAAAAUGACUACCUGCGGCGUAGGGCAGUCUUGGAGAAAACAGCUAAGAGAGACAGUAAGAAAAAACUUGCCUCUCCAGUUCGGGAAAGAGAGAGAGAAAAAACAGGGAAGAGGGAUCUCGACAUCUCUCUCGGGAGAAACAGAUCUGAAACUGGCAGUCCCGAUCACAGCUCAUCAACUGUAGAACAAGAGUUGGCUACCCUCGAUUCAGAAAUGUCACAGAAAUUAAUAGAACUUAAGGACAAGCAACAGCAGCAACUGCUCAAUCUCAGACAAGAACAGUAUUACAGUGAAAAGUACCAGAAACAAGCACAUAUUAAACUGCUUAUUCAGAAGCUGAUAGAUGUAGCAGAAGAAUGCCAGAGCAAUCAACUAAAGAAACUGAAAGAGACAUGUGAAAGAGAAAAGAAAGAAUUGAAGAAAAAAAUGGACAAAAAGAGGCAGGAGAAAAUUACAGAAGCUAAAUCAAAGGAUAGAAAUCAAAUGGAUGAGGAGAAGACAGAAAUGAUUCGGUCAUAUAUCCAGGAAGUGGUGCAAUUCAUUAAAAGGCUAGAAGAUGCUCAGAGUAAAAGGCAGGAAAGACUUGUGGAGAAACAUAAGGAGAUUCGUCAGCAAAUACUGGAUGAAAAGCCCAAGUUACAGGCUGAACUUGACCAAGAAUAUCAAGACAAAUUCAAAAGACUCCCAUUGGAAAUUCUGGAAUUUGUACAGGAAGCAAUGAAAGGCAAAAUUAGUGAAGAUGGAGACCACAGCUCUACCCUUUCUCUGGCUUCUGAUGGUGGGAAACUGAAUCAUAAACCCGUACAAAAUGAAGAGCUAGAAGAGAAUCCAGGAAAAGUAUUUGAUACACCCCUCUAACUACUGCUCCCUACAUUACUGUGGAACAGCAAGUCACCACCUUGUUCUCCAGAUAGAUACUCUCCUCUUGUACCAUCCUUUUCUUGGCCAUUGGGCAGCUUCAGCUAUGGAAGACAUCUGUAGGGACAAGUGUGCAUUUCUAACAGAAGCUGUUGGUGAGGAUAUUACAUAUUUGCAGGCCUUUUAUGUUUUGUUAGCGUGCUUAAAAGCUCUGUGCAGUCAUAAAGGGGUAAAUUAGCUAAAUGCUGCCCUUUUUUUGGCCACAUGUGCUCGGGAGGUUUUCAAGAUAUGUGCACUGUGUGGAGCUUUCUGGGGGACCAGUGUGUUUUGCAAGUUAAAUGUUCAUAGACCUCUCUGAGAAGCAGCAAUGCAAAAUAUUCCAAACACGUUGUCCUAACUUACUUUAACCAUUUGUUUCCUCCUUUAUAACUGCACCUUGAAAGCUUCUAUCAUCUUAAUACUUGCACUGAUUUUUUAUUUUAUUUUAUUUUUUGGUUAGCAAGCAAGCACCAGUAGCUAGCUUGCUUUGUUGACAAUAUAUCAGACAACGAUCUGCUGCCAAGAUAUUCUGUUGAAAUUGUGGUAUCUAGCAUAAGUUUCCAAGCUGAAAUCUCUUCAGGAAAUAUACAUGUAUUUGUAUAUGCUUCAUACUGAUGUGAGUUCAUAUAGAUAUGUAUAGACACACACAUGCAUAAAUCCCAAUGAAUGGACAGAGCAUGUGAGUUUUUGCUAAGAGCCUGCUCUUGCGGCAGAAUGUAAAGUUUCAGGGAUAAGAAAUAAAUUUUGUAGAUCAGUGAUAACAGCUGGUAUUACUGCUAAGCAAUCAUGAAAUCACAAGAAUCUUUAACAGUAUUGUAUAUUGCUUUAAAAUAUAAGUUUGUGAUUCAAAAGUAUUGUUUUCAAUUACUUUAAUGUUGCAUCAUGUGAUCAAAUUAUAAGAAUGUUUUUAACUAUAGUAUGUGACAUACAGACAUCUCUUCCAUAGUGUGAAAAACUGUAUGGUAUGCAUGUAGAAAAUGCCAUCUCCAAAAUGUAUAUAAAAUACAGAUAUUUCAGAGCUAGAACAUUUGUUAUCUGAGGGCGGGGGAUUUAUUUGGGCAGAAGAUACAAUGAUACAGAAGUUCUGAUCCUGCAAUUUAUUUAUACAGUUAACCUUAGAGAGGUUACAGCCCCUCCAAACUAAUAGAACUACUUUGUGGAUACUAUUGAAACACUAAAUUUUUGUCUCAUCAUAGCAAAAUCAUUUAGUACAUAACAGCAUAUAUGUAGUUUGCUUUCCCUCAGGAGUUCAGUAGAAAUAACUUAUUUUAUUUAAAUGUAAGCAAUAAAUAGAGAUCAAACUUAAGUUUCAAGUUAAAUGAUAAGUGUACAUAGGGAAAUUAAAACUUUGGCUGAGCAGCUUUUGUUUUUUGUUUUGUUUUGUGGUGUGUUUUGGGGGGUAUUUUUUGUUUUUGUUUUUUUGCUUAAUUUACAGCACACAUGGAGAAAUGUUGCACACUGUUUGAAGAGUAUAUAAAAGAUAAAAUAUACUCUGCUUACAAUGCCUGGAGUAUUUUAGGGUGCAUAAUUCUAAACGGAAACUUUCAUUUUGAUUUUAAGAAUAUGACUCCUGUCAUUUAUUGUACUUUUGCACUUUGAAGAUCAAUAUUAAUAUUAAUCAUUAAAUAAAAUAAAAAACCCUGGAAGGGUCAAAGUUUAAUGCUGCAUUUUAUAAGAUAAAGGUUAAAUAAAUUUGUUUUAAGUUAGACAGGAUAUAAUAAUUGCAGUAUUUACAGAAAUUAUAAGGCAAUUUCUUUGACAUGCUUGUAUAGCGCAGCUUCCAAUCAGCUACGAAAAAUACUGAUGAGCUUUUUAAUUUAUGAAAUAAAAGUUAAUGGUUUGGCAGAGUAGAUUAUCAGCUGUGGUUGGUUUUCAGUACAUUUGUAUUUGACCAUUGACUGUACUUAGCUUUUUUUUAUAUCUGUACAGUGCCCUUUUUGCAGUUGUAGUUUAGUGUGUAAUAUUGUAUAUCUUGCAUUGUUCAAAUUUACAGUGAUAUAUCAUUUACAAUUAAUAUUACUUGAAAUAAAGUAAGGUAAUGACAAAGGAGUCUAUGAUGUAAGAGUCUUGUGCCUUUUAUGUAUUGGCCUUGUUAUGUGUUGAACAUGUGGAAAUAAUAUACUGUGGUCAUUUUUGCUUUAGAGGAUAGAGCUGCAUUGUAUUACAUUGAAUACAAUCACAUCACUCAGAUCUCUUCACGCUACUGAGAAUAUUUUUCUUUUAUCAGCUUAAACUGAAUUUUAGCUCAUAAAACACCAGACAUUUUGACUCUAACACAGUUGUAAGAGAUUAUUUUAAGAAGACUUAAAAGGGACAUAAUUUGCCUUCCUUUGAGACUAAUAUUGCUCUUGUACAUUGGUAUGUACACUGUAUGUAAUUGGCUGAUUGGAAAUAGUUAUUUGUUUUAAACUGGGGGGAACCCGUCUAAUUUAACAUGUAUAUAAUUUGGUUUCUCAACCUUUUAGAUGCAUACUUCACAUUUUUGUAAGAAUCCUAUGCAAUUUCGUGGCAUGUUGUUUCUUCCACUUGUAAUUUUAUGUGCUUUCAUCACAGAUCUAAAUAAAAUUUCUUAACACAA